GUAUGUGUGAGCGUGUGUGUGUGCUGGGGCCCGAGGCCCUGGUGGCGCUGCUCGAGGGCGAUCUGGACCGAGUUCUGCUGAUCGACUGCCGGCCGUUCCUGGAGUUCAACACGGGUCACAUCAUGGAGGCCGUCAACGUGCACGGCUCCAAGCUGAUGAAGAGGAGACUCAUGCAGGACAAGACCCAGAUCAGCGAGCUCCUGAUGCACUGCGCCAAGAGGAAGCUGGAGCUCCAGGGUCAAGAGGUCGUGGUGUAUGACCAGAGCUCGUCUGACCCCGCCUCCCUGUCACAUGAUGCCUUUCUCAGUGUCCUAUUGGCCAAACUGGAGAAGAGCUUCCCAUCAGUCCACCUGCUCUCAGGAGGAUUCUCUGAGUUCUGCCGUCUGUUCCCGGGUCUGUGUGAAGGGAAGUCUGCGCUGGUGCCGUCCUGCGUGUCUCAGCCGAGUCUCACUCUCCCCGUGACCAACCCGAACCCGACCCGCAUCCUAACACACCUGUACCUGGGCUGCCAGAGGGACGUGCUCAACCAGGAGCUCAUGCAGCAGAACGAUAUCUCGUACGUGCUGAACGCCAGCAACACCUGCCCCAAACCCGACUUCAUCCCCGACACACACUUCCUGCGCGUGCCGGUGAACGACAGCUUCUGCGAGAAGAUCCUGCCCUGGCUCGACCGGUCCGUGGAGUUCAUAGAGAAAGCCAAGGCCAGUGACGCCCGAGUCCUGGUUCACUGUCUGGCGGGAAUCUCGCGCUCGGCAACCAUCGCCAUCGCCUACAUCAUGAAGAGGAUGGACAUGUCAUUAGAUGAAGCGUACAGGUUCGUGAAGGAGAAACGCCCGACCAUCUCCCCGAACUUCAACUUCUUGGGUCAGUUGCUGGACUUUGAGAAGAAGCUGAGGAGCGAGCGAGUCCGGCCGCGAGCGGGUGUGUGUGACGAGCCGAGGAAGUGUGUGUCGGAGGAGCCCGGCGUCUCUGAGGAGCGUCUGCUGACCCGAGCGCUCUGCGGUCUCGCGCUGGGAGAGGACCUGAAGGAGAGCAGUCGACCCAAGCGCUCCUUCUCCCUCGACAUCACAACCUACAGCGACUCCGGAGCAACUCUUCCCGGCCAGUUCUCUCCGGUGCAGGAGCUUUCAGAACAGAACACCCCGGAGCAGAGUCCAGGCGGGAGUGUGUGUGUGCCGCGGGGCGGGAGUGUGUGUGUGCCGCGGGGCGGGAGUGUGUGUGUGCAGCUCCAGCGCAGCGAGAGCAUGGACGAAUCCCCGGCGGCCCCGACACACUCCGCUCUGCUGAAGGGAUGGCACUCGAACCUGGUGCUCGGCGGCUGGUUCCUCUCGGACUCGGCCCGGUUCUGCUCCGGCUCGGCUCCGGCUCGGCCGGUCAGGAGACGCGGGCGGUCGGGAGAAUCCCGGGACUCCCGGAGGAGCUGGCACGAGGAGAGCAGCUUCGAGAAGCAGCUGAAGCGCAGGAGCUGCCAGAUGGAGUUCGGAGUCGGCGGGUCCGAGACUCGACCCGGAGAAGAACUGGGAACGACCGGCACACAGUCCAGCUUCUCCGGCAGCCUGGAGAUCAUACAGGUUUCCUGAGGACUGAAGUCACUCAGUGUCAGCCAAGCGCAAACCGUCUCUCUCUCUCGACACUGAGUGCCCUA